GCUUCUAAAAUGGAAACGUACAAGACCGCACGUGAACUUUUCACUGAAGCAGUUAGAGCAAUCCUAGAAACUUGGCCCGUGUUGCAGAUAGCAGUUGAUAAUGGGUUUGGAGGUGUGUACAGCCAGCAGAAGGCAGACUGGAUGGUGGAUGUGCUCCAGCAAUAUUUUUACGACAACGCAAUCUUGCAGCAAGAUGAGGUUGAGGACUACAUAGCAGACUUGAUGGAUAAUGAAUUUGAUACAGUGGUGGAUGAUGGCAGUUUAUCUCAGGUGGCACAGACCAUUAGCCAGAUCUUCACACAGUGUCAACAAGGAAAGUUUGCAGACGUCAAGGAAAAGAUAUCUAUGUUGAAUCAGAAGAGUGCAGAACGAGCCAAGGUUACACCUCAACCAAAUGUUGCUGAUGAGGAAUGCGAGGAUGACGAAAAAGAGUCAAUGGAGUGUGAGACAGCAGUUUUAACAAAUGCCUCAAGUACAGCAACCAAAAAGAAAGAACCUACAUCCCAGUCUCAAGAGGAAAAUGAUGGCUGGACAACAGUGGUGCGCAAGAAGUGACAUUACUGUAACAGCCUAGGUAAAGAUGUCUGAACUCUUUCUGCAGUUGUUUCUUUGCUGGCUUAAAAUAUUAUCCCAAAGUUAUUUGGUUAUGUUUUUCAUAUAUACACAACCUUCACAUUUUCAGAAUUAAGGAUUUGCUGUUUUUGUUCAGCCUAUUAUUAUUGGUUUUUACAAUUUCAUCUGUGAGUAAUAUGGAAUAAUAUUCUACUAACUUCUCAAGUCUUUGCUAUUGUUUUAGUCAGUUGCUGUUAUGCAGUCAAUUACACUUUCGCUGUAACAUGAUUGCAAAGAUUUCAAUGUUUAGCUGAGUUUUUUUAUGAAGUGACAUGGAAAGGGCAAAGAAAUACUUACUGCAGUUAAAUUGUGAUUAAUUAAACUUUGAGAUGCAAUAAAGCUCCUGUAAGGUUUUAACA